UUCGUGCCCGACCUGUGGUACCUCCAAGACCCAAGCAGCGACUCAGCAAGCGGAAGACUCCAACAGCAUCAAGUACAGCAAUGACAGUACCAGUUACCACCGGAGUCCUUCCCGCAUGCCCGGUCCAAGGGGUCGGUGAGCCGUUGGCAGCUUACCUUCAGCAGGUACAGGCAUUCACUGAUGCCGUAGCUACCGCAAAGGCACAGGAGGAGGCAGCAGAGGCGGAACGUCAGCGGCUGGCCAGUGAGGCGGCAGCCCAAGCUCAGCAGACUGCUGAGGCUGACGCCGUGGUGCGAGAUAAGCGGAACGCCAUUUGCAUGGAGUCCUUGACUAUGAAUGAGAGUCAGUGGACGGCAAUGCUCCAAGGCAUGUUGUUUGUGCCUUCGGAUACACUUGCGGAUCCGACACUGGCGGAUCUGACACCGGCGGAGGAAGAAAGGAGCAACCUGGCUAACCUGAUGAUGAACAUGAUGCGCGCAAUCAUGUGGAACAAUACGAUGUUAAUGGUGCAAAUCCACGAGGGCAGACAGUUGCGACAGAUUCAGCAGAAUGAUUCUGCAGCCUUAACAGUUGCCGUUCGCGCUGCUGCCACACAUCAGCAACAACAGCAACAGCUGUUGAGCACCACCACCGCACGCGUCAAUACCAUCGAGGCUAAGGCCUUAGCAGCGCCAGGCUGCACGACAGACGAGACGAAGCAGAUCAAUGGGCACAUCCAUCAUGUCGUCAAACUCAUCGGCAAUAUAGGUGUUUUCAAUGGGCCGGACACGAUCAGUAGCACGGUGGCCGCUAUCAAGACGGACAUCACCAAGCUGCAGACGCGACUGGACGCCGCUACGAAGACGUACAAGAUGCCGCACUUCGACAUCAGCAAGUUCGACGACUACAACAAAUCGGACGCCUUGACAUGGUCGCAACGUUUCCUCACGGAAGCCUCAUGUCGCACGGUCCCGGUGGACGACAUGCUGAAGGCACUCUAUUUGCAACUUAUUGGCGGAGCGCAGGCAUGGAUGAACCAUCUGGCCGCUACCAACAAAUGCACCAUCGCCGAACUCCACACGCACAUCACGUGGAAAGAAUUCAAGAAGCUAUGGUUCACCCGGUUCAUGGUCCGCAACGUCGUGAAGGCGGCCAUGAACGAGGUGUACACCUGCUCUAAAGGGAAUAUGCCAACUCGAGACUCGACAACCAAGUGGCAGAAGAUAGUGACCACGUCAGGGUUUGAUUUGAGCUUUACCAAUCAACGAUCCGAGUUCUUCUUGCGAUCAUGCGCAGGACUGCGAACCGCACUCAGCAACGAGUACGAUUACGCCUCAUUCCAGGCUAUCCUGGAUCGUGUGAACUUGGUCAUUCAAACGGAUGACAAGGCUGCUAACGAACGGCAGUCCCAGCCGCACUAUGUGGCUAAACCGGCCUAUCAACGACCAGCACAUAACAAUGCUGUGAUUUCAGAAGAAACAGUCGAUCUCCACGCUGCAGCAGCAUCCUCGAGUGAUGGAGGAAUUGUAGCAGCGCUCCCGCCGAAGCGUCCCAAGAGAGUUCGGAAGAACAAGGCAACACAAGAGACGGCAUCGAUGGGAACUGAGCAGCAACCAUGGACGGCUUACAAGAUAACCAAGGAUGUCUAUGACCUUCGUCAAAAGUACAACUACUGCCUUUGGUGCAAUGGGGUCACUCAUGUGACCGCCAACUGCCCCGAGAAGGGCAAGCCACUCGUACUCCCGCCGGAGCUCGCACGACUCUUGGACAUCGGUUGGAUUACUAACCAGGGUGUUCCGGAAGAAAUAGUGAGCGACCGAGAGUCCGGCACGACAAUGAAGCCGAGCUUGGCUCGGCACCCGCAGACGGAUGGUCAGACGGAGCGAGCGCACCAGACCGCUCAGAUGAUGUUGCGUAUGCUCAUCCGUCCCGACCAAGAUUGGGUUGACCGGCUUCCCGACAUCGAGUUCGCCUAUAACACUUCGGUGCACCCGGCGAUCUGCGUCACACCAUUCGAGUUACAUCAUGGUGGAGAGAAAGCACGGAUCUUCGCUGAUCUCGUUUUGCCACAGGUUGUCGACACAUACAUCCCUUGCUCUCCCGCUUCCAUUCGGAAGUAUCAGGACUUGCUGAUCAAAGCCCGCGCAAAUAUGCAAAAGGCUCAGAUCCGCAUGCAACAGCAGGCUAACCGACGUCGACUUCCAUGUCCUUUCCGCGAGGGAGACCUUGUUUGGGUCCUCUCCGAGGAAUUUGCGCUCGAGCAGGACGUUUCGAGCAAACUCCUUCCGAAAUGGUCCGGACCAUGGGAAGUCACUUCUGUCGUUGGAGACGACCCCGCAGGUCCUUCCUUUGUGAUCAACAUUCCACCGCACCUUACAGUGCAUCCGGUCUUCCACGCGUCGAAGCUGGCCAUCUACACGCCACCUUCCGCUGACGAGUUUCCUGGACGUCGAUCAGAGGAUCCGCCUUCUAUGGACGGACAUCAGGAAGUUGACCGAGUCAUCACGCACCGCAAGUAUGGCAACAAGCCAAGGCAGUACAAGGUCACAUUCAAGCAAUGUGCGCCUGACGACACUYGGUGGAUCUCUAGUGCAGACUUGCAGACUUCUGCACCCCUGAUCUUCGCCAACUAUGAGAAGACACGACUUGCCAAGGCAGCAGCUCGUCCCACCCGACCCAUCGCGGUAUCAGACAGACAGCUCCGCCCUCGCAAGUAGCUCGGUUUAAGAGGGGAAAUGUGUUACAUCUUCAACGC